AUGGUAGAUGUAUGCACACGUUUUUGCGUAUUACACGCCCUUACGGAUAAAACGUCUGACACAGUUGUUAAAGCGGUUAUCGACACUUUUUGCGAUUAUGGAUUCCCUCGCUAUCUACAAUCUGACAAUGGCACUGAAUUCGUCAACACUUUAAUGCAGAAGUUAAGGGAUACCGCAGGUUUUGAUCAUCGACUUACUACACCUUAUCACCCACGAGCUAAUGGAUUGGCUGAAUGUUUCAUCCAAACGUCUAUCAACACAAUCCGCAAAAGCAUUAAUGGAGCCACAAGAGAUUGGGAUUUAUACGUCAAACCAACUCAACUAGCACUCAACAACAAAGUGGCCAGUAUACAUGGGUCUUCACCUUUCGCCUUGAUGUUCAAUCGCGCCAUGAAUGGAUUCCGUAAUUACAACAAUGAUGAUAUACCACAGCCACUCACCGAAGAAGAGCUGAUGGAUCGCAUUGAUCACAUGUCCAAUACAGUUUUCCCGGCAAUAUCAGAGAGAGCACAGGCACUACAACAGCUCAAGAAAGGACCUUACACUGUCGUCAGGGAAACUCCAGGUGGCUCUUGCGUUCUUCGAGAUGAACAAGGGUUACUCGCAGCCAGAAACUUUGCACCAUCACAGUUGAAAAUGGUAUCACAAGAUGAAUUGCUGGACGUCAACGAGCUAUAUGAACAUGAAGGCCAAUAUUACACCAUUCAAUCUAUUGUGGAUCACAAACAACUUGCACCCGGCAACUACAUGUACAGGGUACGAUGGGAAGGUUAUUCAGCAAAUGAUACUUGGGAACCACCCGAAUCAUUCAACAGCACACAACCUAUUGCAGAGUAUUGGAACAAGCUUGGCCGUAUACCACCACACGAUUCUUCCAUCGAUGGCAACAUAACCCAACACACUGACACAGAGAAACAUGUACGCAAGAGAUCACUACCCAACGCCAACACUUCAACACGCAAAAGCAAGCGUUUACGUUCUUAA